CUUUGUUCUAUCCUUUCCCCAAAAUUCCAUUUGCUCGACGCGUCGUUAUACUUGAAACCGAAAAGCAACCCAUAUUGAAACCAUAACUUAUAUAAAACUAAACAUGUAUUUUUUAACUACGACCUUAAUUGCCUUUGAGCAAGAAGGUGAAAAUUACCUGACACAAGUAGCCAUUUACACACAAAUUCCAGUCUGUACAGACCCUUCCUGCAGGGAUGCACAGUAUUUAAAACGAACACUUCUUCAAAUUACCUUCAACGGUAUUCAGCAGCUAUAUACUACGUUUCCUAAUAUUUGGCAAUAUGCUUUGCUGAGUAAAGGAAAGAAAGAAGAAUCAUUGAUAAGUAUUGAAGAAGUACCAAACUCUGAAUUUCGAAUCCACUACUACGUCUUGCCAUGGACGAGACGAUUACGAGGCUAUCAAACGAUCACCAUUCAAAACGGAGUACGCGUGCCUUUAAUUAAAAGAUCGGAGAAAUGGAGAAUACUCGUAGAAUGUUAAACCUAGAAUGAUUUAAGAACAUAUUAAUGUAGUAUGAAAAAGAAAUAUAACAUUGCAAACGUUAACCAAGAUUUACAUUUUCAAAAUCGUCUGAGUCCGCCUUUGCUUCGGGUUCAGUUAAAUCUGCAGAUUCUUUUUUUUCAGUAGACGGAUUCUCAUCUUCAUUAACUUGAUUCUCAUCUUCGGUUUCCUUGUCCGAGCUUCUGUUCUCAUUAUUUUCAGCAGUGUCUUCUUGAUUUGCAUCAUUCACACUUUUGGGUUCAUCAACUUCUUCAGCAUCACUCGGCUUAACUUCAUCCUUUAGCUGUGUCUUAUUAUUGACGUUCUCUUCAGUAGCCUUCUCUUCACUGACUUUAGGAGAAGGUUCUGCCAAUUCUUCUUUGUCAGUCGAAUCAUUAUUUGCAUGCUCGUCGGCAGAUUGACUCUGAACUUCAUUAUCCGUAGUAACAUUUGAUUCAUUUCCUUCUUGUAUAGGCUCCAUAUCGUUUUGAGUAAUACCUUCUUGCUUAGGUUGUUCCGAUUCGUGACCACUAGUUUCAUUCAGUUCAUCCUUAUCGCUGCCUUCAAUUUCAGCUUUUGAGUUGCUUGGCUCUGUAUUUUGAGCUUUAUUAUUAGUGUUGCUAGGAGGAAUGAUAUCACUUGAUACAUCGACAGACUGCUCUGCGGAAUUUAGGGGAUUCGACGAGCUAGUGGGCUCUUUGGAAGAAGCACUCGUUUCAUUCUUGGCCUGUAAUUCUCCCGCUUCACCCUGUUCUUUCUGUUCAUUGGGUUGUUUUUCUGCAUGUCCGUUUACAGGAGCCUCAAACUGUUCCUUUGGAGGUUCUUCUUUAGAUUGUUCAGCAACAGGCUUGUUUUCUUCCGCGGGCUGGGUGGUAGAGGCCUGAUUGACAGUUUGCGCUUCUGUGUUUUGAACGGGAGGAGUUUGCACGUUGGCAACAUUCAGGCGACUGAUAUUUGCAGAAGAUCCGCCAGAACGGUUUUCAAUAUAGAACCCGCUAACAUUAACAAGUCUCCCUUCCGAUUCGCACUUAAGUAGAUAAUCAACACCAAGCACUGGGAUGUUGGCAGUCUUUGCACGAUCGUAUUCACGACCGCCUACGGAAGAGCAAAUGAAAUGAGUUGUGUCAAUUUGAACGCUAGUUUGGAUGGGCUUGGCAUGAAUUCUUUCGAUACAUUUCUGCAAAGCUUGCAUUUCCUCAGGUACCAUGUUACCAACGCAGACCUGUAUACCCGUCAAAUCAAUCAUACGAAGAGUUUUAACUUGUAAAUGUUUACUACUGAAGCGUCCAGCUGUAGUGUCGAGAACGAGCGUGAAAUCGUAGUCAGUGUCUAAGGAUAAUCCACUAAGUUUUGCAUGUUGUGUACUCAAUAAAUUGGUAAUCUUUAAAGCACGG